AUGAAUAUAAAACGUAAAACAUGUGAUAUUGGAACUUGGAAAAAAUGUUUAUUUCUCGGCACAUCCUCCACCAACGCUGAUACACUUCUCCCUGCGGUUAGAAGCUGGCAGCACAGAAGUCUGUUGACUGCUGUCUCAGCCACUUCCGCAUCUGCGUUUCCACCUCUACGUCAUCAGUAAAACGUUUACUGUGUUUCUCGGCCCAGCUGUGAACCGCUUUACGCAACAAACACUUCCCACCCUAAACAGGAAACAUUUCUUUAUGAAUAUCCUUUGCAUUGAGGUCGUUUGCCCAGAGAAAAUGCACAACAGAACUUCGCUCUUCGGUAGAACACUCCUCAAGCACGGUCGCCAUGUUUACUACAGAAACCAGUCCCUGAACAUGCGCAUGCGCGUCUGCUACCUAGACUCUCAUGAAGCUGGAGUGUGCUGCUGCCUAGCGACACAUAUAAAAAUCCUAUUACAUCAAUUGCAGCUGCUUUACUUCCAUUUGUGACCUGUUUACUGACUCUCCCUCGUAUUAUCAUGCACCUGUGCCUUCAGAGUGGCCCCUGUCACAUCUUGCGGUAGAAACGUGCGUAUCUUUUGUAGCCGUCACGUGAUCUGAACUCAUCAACGAUACGUAUUUCGUGAAGGCUAUUAAACUUGUGAAGCUCCACAUUAUGCAGAUCUCUUCAUAUUCCUGUCACUUCGCCCCUCUCGGCAAUUUACUUUAGGGGGCCCAUACACGUACGAGUCUGGCUCGCGAGCCAGACUCGUACGUGUAUGGGCCGGCUACUGAUUUUAAGCCUUACAGUGAUUCAUUGUUGGGGCUGAGCAGGGUGGUCACUAUUCAUAUUGUGGCCAUCUGCAUUAUAAUAACGAUAGCCUGGUAAGUGGAUGCCAACAUUUCGGAGGAAUAUACUGCCUCCAGCAUCAGGGUAGAAGAUGAAAGCAGUAUGUUCCUUAUAAAAAUUGGUACUCAUUUAUGAGACUAAUCGGUGUUAUAAUCCAGCAGACCAUGACAUUUUAAAUUAAUUAUAUGCUUCUGGAUUGACAUGCGUUGGGUGGCGAACUGUGGAAUGGCCCGAAGUAGGCGAUGACUUUGCGUGACGUGUCUCAGUGAUGCUCGCGUGUUUCCACAGCUGUAAUGUGUAAGCGUCUGAUGUCAGCGCCGGCAGUGCAACCAGUGAACUAACAACUGCCUUUAGCAAAUGGCUGUUUCCAUCAUGGUCGCCUUUGGGUCGGCUGGAGCCUGUGACGACAGAACCAGAGACAUCCGCGUGCAGUUGAGCGAGCAGCUGCGAUGUCUGGACGUGCGCAUGGAGUCACAGGUGGCAGUGGUGGCCGAGCUGCAAGACUACUUCCGGCGCCGCGCGGAAGUGGAACUCGACUACAGCAAGAACCUGGAUAAACUGGUCAAAAGCAUCCAGUUGAGACACAAAGAACAGAAGCAAAAGAGGGAGCAGUGGCCACUCUUUUCAUCCUACUCAUGUUGGCAGCAGCUGGUGACACAGACAAAGAACCUAAGCAAGGACCACGCUGCUCUGAGUGAGGUCUAUUCAACUCAUAUUGUGAGCAGGCUAGCUGAAGUAAUGGAGGAUGUACAGAGGAUAUACCGAAGGUGUCGUGAAAUUGCAUACGAGACUCAUGAAGAGAUCCUGCGAGUGCUUCAUGAGCUCCACACAACAAUGAAGACUUAUAAUAGUUACCAGGGAGAGUACCGACAAGCAGAGAAUAAGCUCAGGAUUACUGAGGCCCAGCGACAGAAGCUGGAGCAGAGCUUGCCACCAGAGAAGCUGGAUCGCUCCAAGAAGUACCGUGUCCUCGAGAAAGAGGUUCAGAAGCGCAAGAACAAAUAUAAUGAUGCCAAGUUGAAGGCCCUGAAGGCACGGAACGAAUAUGUCCUCUGUCUGGAGGCUGCGAACACAACGAUCCACAAGUACUUUGUGGACGACCUUUCUGAUCUCAUUGACUGCAUGGACUUUGGCUUCCACCUCUGCAUGUCACGUGCAUUGCUGAUGCAUAUGUCAGCAGAAGAAGAGCGCAAGAUAUCAGUACAAGCAGGUAUGGAACAGAUGUACAGCUGCGUCAACAGUUUGGAUUCACGUCUUGACAAACAGAGGUUCCUUGAAUCCAACCACACAGCAUUUAUGAUUCCAAAGAAAUUUGAAUUCCAGGGACAGAGAGAUGAGGGACCAGAACCAGAGUUACAGAAGACCCUCCGGGAUGAGCUGGAGGCUCGACUGGCCCAGUUGCAAAAUCGGGUAACAACCCUGCGGGCAGAGUCUGAAGAAGUGUGGAAGACACUGGAGACUGCAGAGACAACCCUCCUCAAGAUGCUGAACUCAAAGGACUUUUACUGUAGUGGUUACUUUGGUGAUGGUGCCAUUCCUGUACAAAAACCUCCUGAAACCGUGUCCAUAAAACUGAGGGCAGAUAGGCAGGAAACAGAGGAAUUCUAUCUCACGAAAUUCCGUGAGUACGUCCUGGGUACGAGCCGAAUCGCGCGAUUAGAUGCGAAGCAUGAACAUAUCCGCCAGACCUUGCUGGAUGCUGCAGGGGAUUCUCCUACGUCUCUGAAAGGCCUUCAGCAUCGUCACACUGGCCAGACCACGAAACCACCACGACGUAAACGAAUUGGGCGCCUUCAAAUGAAUGGUCAGCCCAAACUUUUUGGUGGCAGCUUGGAAGAGUACCUAGAAACAACCAAUCAGGAAAUUCCUCUCAUCAUGAAGAGCUGUAUCAGAGUCAUCAACUUAUAUGGACUCCAUCAUCAGGGUAUCUUCAGAGUGUCAGGAUCCCAGGUUGAGAUUAACAAUUUCCGAGAAUCAUUUGAGCGCGGUGAGGACCCGCUGGCAGAUGUAACUGACGCAUCAGAUAUCAAUUCUGUGGCAGGUGUCCUCAAAUUGUACCUGCGUGAACUGCGAGAGCCGCUCUUCCCAAUUAUAUACUUUGAACAUUUCAUGGAAUUAGCACAAUUAGAAUCGAAACACGACUUUGUAGUGAAGAUGAGAGAACUAGUCCAGAGUCUCCCAAGAUCUGUAGUUAUAGUGAUGAGAUAUCUGUUUGCCUUCCUCAACCACUUGUCAGAAUUCAGUGAUGAGAACAUGAUGGACCCAUAUAACCUGGCCAUCUGUUUUGGUCCAACCCUUGUCCCAGUGCCAGAAGACAAAGACCAAGUCCAGUACCAGAACCAGGUGAAUGAACUCAUCAAAAACAUCAUCCUCUUCAAUGAAGAGAUCUUCCCAUGUGACGGUGGUCUUUUGUAUGAGAAGUACAUUAGCCGGGAACCAGACGAAAA